AUGUACGUUGUCGUCGUACUCGAGCCCACGACCCUGUCGCGCCUUGCAGCCCGCCAGCACUGGCACUUGCACUUGCACUUGCACUUGCACCUGCAUCCCAUUCCCGCCUGCCGCCCCCCCUCACACCCAAAGACGUCGACCCUUGAGCCAGCUCCACCGGAAGAACAGAAGAACAUCCACUUGGGCUUCCCUCGCGAGGUGGAACCCAUGGAACUCCCUCUGCUUCUCCAUCACCGGCCGGACAUCUCGCCGACGCUAGCUGUACCUAGCAAUCACCCGUCCGGGCCUCCUCCAACCUACAAUGUCGAAUCCGCCCUCCGACGGUCCCCGGGACCGCCACGGCCUCUGUCCGUACGAACGACGAAUACACAGCUUUCCGUGCGCACGCGACUCACCAGCCUGACCAAUGCCUUUGACGUCGCAUUCCCCAUACGUCUGUCUGGCUGA